AUUGAAGACUUAAAACUGAAGGUUGGUCUUCCUGCAGAUGAAGACCUAUACAGCUCUUUUCCUCAACACUCAGACCAUGUGGGAAGGGAGCAAUCAGAAGAAGAGCAACUUUUAAAUUCUGGGGAAUCCAACAUAAAAGAAUCUGUCAAGUCAAUCAUGCCUGCAGUAACAUUGGAACUCCCCUUGGGGGUGGGUAAAAUGACCAUCAACUUGGAGAAAACGAUUGCUGGGUUUGCUGAAUUAGGUAUCAAUGCGUCUAAGAUGGCUGUUGAUGCAUGGGGAGGUGCACGUACAAGAAAUGCACCUGAUAUUCGAGUGCUUAGUCAAUACUUGCCUGUUUUCAAACCAUUGGUUGGACUUGGAGAUCCUAAGAAAUACGAAGUAUAUGAAUUUGACUCAGAAGGACGUUUGCGAGUCACUAGUCCAAGUACAACCUUUGAGUUCUGGACAAAGACGAUGCCCAUAUUCAAUGCGAUUGCGUUUUGUGGGCAGGCAAUAGGUGCUGGUGACAUCAAUGUAGGAAGAAACAUCAGAGAAGGCUUUGUUUUCGGUUUACUUCCAACGGGUCCUAUCGGUAUAAGUAAACAAAAAGCCAUUCAUUAUUUCAAAGAGAUUGUGAGUGAAAUUUGGGAAAAGGGAGGUGGCCAACAACCGGAUCCUCAAUGGCUAAAAUGGAAAUCAAAAUUUUCAGUUGCUGGUCAAUGCAAAGCCAGUGUCAUUCGCGACUUGAUACGAUUAACGAGAGAAAAGCGUCAAGUAUCAUUGCAAGUUUCUGACCUUCAUGCUGCAGCUGUGGCAUUUGGAUUAGCUCAAGUCAAUUUAUGCAAGAUUGUAUCUCUCAACUUUGGCUCAGGCCUCAUGAUUUAUACGCCAGAAGAAUCUGGUUUUGAAGGCAUCAAGCUGGAAGCAUCAGAACGUGAAAGUGAUUAUAUAGCCUAUUAUUACUUUGAAAGAGCUUUGUUUUUUCGUUUUUGUGGAGUACCUGAAGAGUUGCUGGAGAAACUGAUGAUUUGGUUAGACAAUGAGAUUGCAAGUACUAUACUUCUCGGCAUUGAGCAUGGUGACCCACCUGGUACAGUGAUUAUGACUCCUGGCUUUUGCGCCCUAUCACAAUCGGGUGCGAUUAAGUCUUUAGGCUCUUUGGUGAAAAACAUUGGUUUGCAUAUUGCAGAGAAGUGUGAAGCAUGUGGAGGAAGUUGUGUCAAGUUCAUACACAAAGUAUCUUCCCAUAGCACUGUAGGCUGUCGUACUGUCUUCUUUCUGAAUAUGCUUAUCACCAUCUAUGUGAGUGGAGUUUUGCAAAAAGCAGGUAUGCAUGCUGAUCAAUGUAUGCUCAGUGGCGAUUUGGAGCGUGUUAUCAAAAGUCUAAAGGAGCUAAAAUGGCAUGGCACAUUGGGACUUUCAUCCUUCUUGACCAGUUGGUAUAUACUACGUUCAGGCAAGAGUGCGCCUCAUGUCGAUGAGGGUAUUGUAUUAGGUCUUGAAAUUGACGGGAAAAUUCACGGUUUGCGCCAUGCUGUAAAACCAGGAACAAAAGGGCUUCCUUUAGUUAGCUUUGAUGGUCAUAUACGCGAUGGCUCUCAUACAUUUGCUUGCUUGGUGUUUCAAAGUGCACCUCAGCUUUUACAUUCAUUGGAUAGAGGCUGUUUCACUAUUGUGACAGAACGACCACCUGAUGUGAUUCCAAAGCCAGUUUUGAAUGCUUAUUCAGAACCUGAUUAUAUUGCUGUCUUCACUUCUCUCUUGUAUCCUGGGAACGAACAAUUGCAUGUAGACCUUGGUGCGUAUGGAAACUAUAGAAACAUACACAGAUGCAAUGAAGAAACUGAAGAGUUGGCAAUACCUUUACAAGUUUCUGAAUGUGUCAAUGGGUGUAGUACUGUUAAACUUGAUCACACACAUCGAUACACAGUAUACACAUAUAAUAAUGAAAAUCUACAGUCAUGGAUAUACGGUGCGUUUCCUGCUGGAAUGGCAUGGUUCCAAGGUUGUCGACCUUUGCACUCAGCUCUUGCACUCAUGAAGCCCGGUGAAGUAUUGAUCCAAGGCAGUAGUAACAAGCUACAUAUUGAACACAAAUAAAGUUGCUCUCUCUUUCUCUUGUUUCAUACGCUAGCACUACUUAAACUACUCAUUGGUAUUUAUAAAGGAACACAAUUAUACAUACAUAAUCCUUUUUAUUAGUCAUUGUUCAAAAAGUAGAAUUUAUUAUUUUUGAUUACCAAUGUAUUCUUGAAUAGUAUCAGCUACCAAGUUAUGAUCAUCCUAAGUGAUACGCGUUAUAAUCAAAUCCAUUUCAUUCGAUAUAAACUUACUUGUUGAGCGA